AUGAAGGAAGAGUUGCUGUUGCUGAGGAACUGGAGCUGCAGCUCCCACCCAUUCCCCAGGACCCGGGACCUGAGGCAGCUGCAGGUGUCGGAGCGCCCUGUAGCCUUGGAGGCUGAGCUGGCCCUGACACUCAAGGUGUUGGCAACUGUGGCUAAUUCGACCCUGGGGGACAUCCUGGACCAGCCCCUCUGCACACUGAGCUAUAUCUACUCCAAGCUUCAGGCCUGUGUCCCAGCUCAGCCCACAGCAAGCCCCAGGCUCCACGGCCACCUCUGCCACUGGCUGCACUGGCUUCAUGAGGCCUGGAAGAAGGGAGCAUCCCGAGGUUGCCUUGAAGCCUCUGUCACAUUCAACCUCUUCUGCCUUUGCACCAGGGACAUGAUCUGUAUCCCCAGUGGAGACCUGUGUGUCUGA